CCGCGAUCGCUCAGUAUUUGUCUAGCGUUCGAAAACGCCGGACAUUUGUUUAUCGCGCGCAUUAGUCGGAACUGUUUUAAUUAUAGACUCGAACAAUUAAAAACAACAAAUUGGCUUUUGUUUCCUGUAGAAAAUGGCUCCCAACAAUAGCAACAAGUCUAGUGCAACUGAAAAUCCCAACGAACUUCUCCCAAUUCCAAAGUGGAUUAAUGAAGAUUACUUUCGGCCGAUCAUCGAAAAAGAUGUGAAAGACUUUGCAGCCAUAAAAAACUUAACGCCUAUUGCAGCAACACAACCUGGUGAAAACUACACAUCGAUUAUGGUGCGUGUGCUGGUUGACAUAGAGCUCAAAGAUGGCACUGAGCAGCAAAUCUCCUACAUACUGAAGACAAUGUUGGCCAUGGACAAGGGCGGUGGCGUUGUGGCUGCCAUGAAUUUAUUCCCCAAGGAAAAACAGAUGUACCAGGUCCAUAUUCCAAACUUCACAAGGCUUUAUAAGGAGGCAGGUGUGGACAUUGAACUUGCACCCAAAUGCGUGCACAUUGACGAAACUCCAGAAGGCAUAACCCUGGUUAUGGAAGACUUAAAACGACAGAAUUUUGAGAAUGUGGAUCGUCUUAAGGGAUUCGAUAUGGAGCACAUGACUCGUGUGCUGCGCAAGGUUGCAGAAUUCCAUGCAGCUUCGGCAGUUACUUACGAGCAAAAUGGACCCUAUGAUGAGAUCUAUAGAACUUCCAUGUAUAACGAAAAGUCUCGUCCUUUAUUCGAGGCAAUGGGCAAAAUGCGCGAACAAACAUACAUCAAUGCAAUGCGGGAAUGGCAACUGCCGAAUGUGGAGCAAUAUAUUGCAGAGCUACCAUCCCCAAGCGAGUUCUUUGAUAUCGGAUUAGCGCUGAACGUUGUCGACGAAAACGAAUUCAAUGUCCUUAAUCAUGGUGAUCUGUGGUGCAACAAUAUAAUGUUCUCCGGAGAUCGGACUAUAUUUGUAGACUUGCAAGUUGGACGUUGGGGAUCUCCCGCUCAGGAUCUUUGGUAUUUGAUAACAACUUCACCCUCGCUCGACAUCAAAGUUAAGGAAUUCGAUCAUUUCAUUCAUAUCUAUCACACGCGCUUGGCGGAAUGCCUGAAACUGCUGAAAUAUUCUAAACCCAUUCCGACCUUGAGGGAACUGCACACUCUGAUGCUCAAGCACGGCGAUUGGGGUCCAACAACGGCUGCUGGCGUAUUGGUGGCUGUUAUAAUGCCCUCAGAUAAGGAUGCCAAUAUCGAUAUGAUGAUGACUCCGGGUCCUGAGGGUGACGCCUUUCGAUAUAAGACGUUUGUGAAUCCUUACUAUGUCAAAGCGAUGCUUCAGCUGAAACCUUUCUUUAAGAACAAAGGUCUUUAAAUAUUGUUAACUGUGUGUGCAUAAAACGUUAUUUCAUUUAGUUUAAAUUGUACAUAUUAAUGUGAUAUUAUGUCAUCCAAGUCAAAUAAAAUAUUAAAAUUUUAUAAAUAAA